ACCCACCAAUCUUGGCUUGCUGAAAAUCUCGGAAAUUCCAAUAAAUUGUUAAUAUUUUACAGCGCAAAAACUGCUCGUCGUUAAUAACACCAUUGGUCGAUUAUCACGUGCGAGCAUACCAUGACCAAAAUUAGUAUACCCACCAAGUGGAUUCAUCUUUACUGUGACCUAUCGACUGAAUGUAGAUAAAUGGUAAUUAGGAGACAAAGUCGAUUUUACCAAAAAAAUUUCGAACCAAUUCGGAACUCGAUCAGUUUUUCGGUUAGUGUGAAGUGUUAGUGAGUAAUAUUUGUUCAAAUGGUGUGCCUGAUCAAAUACUGCCUGGUUUUGUGAGUUGUUUCAAUAUCCGAGAAAUUAGCCAUGGCGAAAAAUUCAACCGGGCCAUUUUCCAGCAGGAACGAAUUCAUCUCGGACGAGACGAUCAAUGAUGGACUCCGAUAUAGCCGAAACGGUGGCUGCUUUGUUACCACGAAAAAAGCCAUCGCCUUCGUAGUGGUUGCUUUGGCCUCUUUAUGCGUCGUCAUUAUUCUUAUGUACUAUUAUGGACCCAGCACUAAAAUGCAAUUGUUUCAAAGGGAGGUUACUGAUAUCGAGCAACUCCUGAACGAAACAAUCAACGAGGAGGUUUCCAAUAAAGAUGUGCGUCUUCCUCGGUAUCUGCAUCCCAUCCACUAUCGGCUCAAGCUGCACCCUUUGCUGGAUGAAAUUGGGCCCAAUAAUUUCACGUUCACCGGCGAGGUGAAGAUUAUGUUCAAUUGCACCGCAACCACCAAUAAGAUCAUCCUCAACUGGGAUGAGGAAUUGUCCAUCGACGAGUCGCAGAUCAAAGUGGUGUCUUUUAAGCGAGAACAAGUGGCUCAGGAGAGUCACAAUGUGUCCAGAAGAGACGUGACGGAAUCAGAAGAAGGAAGCAGCGAUACUGAUGUAACCACUGAAGAAGUUACUACUGAAGCUGUAACUGAGGCUGUUUCAGAAAAGGUUUUUGUUACAUCCGAGUUACGAACGCUGGGCAUAUCCGAGAUCACUAAAAACGUCCCAAACUCCAAGCUGACGAUUUUCCUAGCGGAGCGACUGUUCAAAGGCGAAACCUACACUGUCGACCUAAAGUUUGCUGGAAACAUUACCAACAAUCUGGUCGGGUUCUACCGAACCAGCUACACAGACCUGAGUGGGAACAUUAAAUGGCUAGCCACUACUCAACUGGCCUCAGUUUACGCCAGGACCGUUUUCCCAUGCUUUGACGAACCGGCGUUUAAAGCUUCAUUCGAAAUAAGCGUAGCCAGAAGAACCAAUAUGACGGUACUGUCCAAUAUGCCUCUGAAAGCCAUUGAACCCAUAAACGAAACAGGAUGGGCUUGGGACCACUUUGAGGCCACCCCGCCCAUGUCUACUUAUCUGCUAGCCUUCACGAUUUGCGACUUUGGAUAUAUUUCGGCUACUUCCGCCACUGGGCCGGUGUUUAAAGUGUGGGCCCCAAAGGACGAUCUUCCGAAGGCGCAGUAUGCUCUGGAUACUGCCCUGGAAAUAAUGCCCUUUCUGGAGCAGUACUUUGGCAUAAAAUACCCGCUGCCUAAAUUGGACCUGAUUGCCAUACCGAGCUUUGGAAUGGAUGCCAUGGAGAACUGGGGGCUGAUCCACUUCAAGAAAUCCACUUUGCUCUUUGAUCCAUUGUCGCGCAGCAUCAAAACCAAGAGCGUGAUUUUUGCGAAAAUCGCCCAUGAACUUGCGCAUCAGUGGUUCGGCAACCUGGUGACGAUGGAAUGGUGGUCCGACUUGUGGCUCAAUGAGGGUUUUGGUACUUUCAUGGCCGAAGUCACUUUAGCAAGUCUUCGGCCCAGAUGGCACGUCUACAGCAGUCUGCAAUUGAGAAACGCCUACACAACGCUCUACUUCGACAGCCUGAAAUCGACGCAGAGCAUAGAGAGCAAGGUGAGCAGCAAUGCUCAAAUCGAGCAGAUCUACGACACCUACAUAGUAACGAAGAAAGGAAGCAGUAUUUUGAAGAUGCUCAACCAUACGCUUACCAACGAGGUGUUCCAGAAGGGACUGCACAACUAUUUGAAGAAAUUCUCGUUCAAAUCAACCAACCAAGACGACCUGUGGGGUUUAUUCACCAAAAGAGCCCACAACCAGAGCCUCAUCCCGGAAAAUGUCACAGUGAAAGCCUUGAUGGAUUCCUGGACCACUCAAAGCGGUUAUCCCUGCAUAUCCGUGAGGAGGAAUUACAGUUCCGGAAUCGCAACGAUCAGUCAAACGAAGUUAACCGAAGACAUCAAAAGCAACUUUGAGGAGUUGUGGUUCGUACCGAUCACCUACAUUACCCGGGAGGAACGAAACGUCGAAAGCACCUGGCUGGAGAACGUGAGAGAAAAAGCACUCAACUUGUCCAAUGUAGGCAAUGAAUCUUGGAUUUUGGUCAACAUAGAAGAAACUGGUUUCUUCAGAGUUAACUACGACUUCCACAAUUGGAACCUUCUGAGCAACCAGUUGCGAAGAAACCCGAACAAAAUCCCCAUUUCCAAUAGGGGCCAUUUGAUCGAUGACGCCUUCCAGUUGGCCAAUAUCGGCUAUUUGAAUUACACAGUUGCCUUCAACUUGGUCAAGUAUUUGACCAUUCAAGAGAAAAAUUACGUUCCGUGGUAUGCGGCCUUGAGGAAUAUGGAAGAGUUAAGGGUCAUUAUUAGCAACUACGAAUACUCGGGUAUCUACGACAACUUCAUUCUGAGACUGGUGAAGCCGAUGUUUGACGAGCUGGGAACCUCAGAAACAUCAGAAGACACUCAGAAUGAAAAGCUGCUGCGCCUGCUGAUCAUCACCUCCGCCUGCCAGUUGAGAUACUCCAAGUGCAUUCAAUGGGCGCGAUCUCUUUACGAGGACUGGAUGAACUCAGACAAUGCGAACACCAACAACAUUGUAAAUGUUGACUACAAGUACAUAGUUCAAUGUUCGGCAAUAAAAUCUGGAGGGCCGGAAGAAUGGGAUUUCCUCUGGAACAGGACCAGGCUGCCUUCAAUGUCUGCAGCCGAUCUGGAAACGGCCUAUUUGAGUUUGGGCUGCACUUACGAUCCGUGGCUAAUCAACAGAUACCUGGAGUACUCGCUUAAUGGCAACAUGACGCUGGAAAACGUGCAGAACGUGUGGAUUUCCAUCAAUCAUCCUGUGGGAGUUCGAACGGGCUUCCAGUUCCUGCGGCUGAACUGGGAUCGCAUUUACUCCACCUACGAAGAUAUUUAUCCAGUCUUCAGCACCAUUUUCCAUGACUUCGUUUCGCAGCUUUCCACGGAAAUCGACUUGGAGGAUUUAACCACCUUCUACAAGCUGCACCAGAACGACCUGAAGCAAGUGGCCAACAUUCUGCAAAGCUCAGUGGAUCAAAUGAAGGUGCGCAUCAAGUGGAGGAAGAAGCACUUGGACUCAGUAGUGAAUUGGUUGAAGGACAACAACUACUUGCAUUAGUUCAAUCAGAGUGGCUUUUUUAUGAAGUUGUUUGUUUUGCGAACAUGUAGCCAGUUAACUAGUUUUAUUAAAAGUUCUCAUACCCAUUAA